GAGACCUUGACACUCUUCGGACCAGUGUAAAGCAAAUAGUUGAGAUAAUCGUGGGUUUGUUAAAAGAUAGGAUAAAAGCUACCAGCGAACCCGAGAGUAAAAAGCGACGUGUGCAUGAAAAAAUCCAAAAAUAA